AGAAAUGGGCCUUCAUUUAACCAUGGGCCUCCAGUAUAAUCCAGACGACCCGAAACUUAAAAAAGAAAAAAGAGAACAUGUACCAUUACCAUAUACCAGUGGAUUCAGUCUCGAAGAGCUUAGUCACUGUUUGGCUGACACUCCAAAAAAAUGGAAACAGACAUCGUAAUUCAGCUAGCUAUCCUUCUAUUCACACUGGGAAUAUUCUACGCUAUGUACAAUUUCCCCAAACAAGCUUUAACCCGACUCCGAACAAAAAACCGAUCAACUAACCAAGCCCAUUUUCACUUCAUAAAAGGAGCCCAAUUCCUUUCUCGAGCAAGAUCUAAUCGGAGCAAAACAACUUCAUUCAACCUCGCUAAAUUCGCCGCCGGUGAAGCUGAUAAGGCCUUAGCCAUCGAGCCCAAAGAUCCAGCGGCCCAUAUUCUUAAAGCCCUAUCGCUUGAUUUAAUGGGCCAUAAAGUCGUUGCUUUAAGGUGGUUGGAUUCCGCCCUAUCUCCGCCAGCGGUGAAGGCCUUGUCCGGCGGAGAGAGAGCCGAUGCAUUGCUUAAACGGGCCGAGUUACAGGUGGCGCUGAACCGGAAAAGACGAGUUGACUCGGCUAUAAUGGACCUUUUAGAGGCAGUGAAAUUGAGUUGUUCUGAUCAAGCUAAGGCCUUUUGUUUGUUGGGUCAGUGUUAUGAGAUUAAGGGCUUGAAAGUUGAGGCCCAUAAUGCUUUUGAAGAAGCUUUAAGGAUUGAGCCUGAUUUGAUUGCGGCCCGUGAAGGUUUGGGCCGGUUAAGAUAGUUAGCCCAGUUUACUCGUCGCGUAUCGAUGAGAGGCUCAAUAUUGUAUAUUUUUGGUUUCAGAUGAUGUAUUUUUCACAAGUUGUCAUUAUUCAAGAUACUAGCUUUUUAGUGCAAGAUUGGAUAAUUUGUACAGAUCAGAGGCUCAAUAUUGGAGAUUGG